CUCCAAGAUGCAGCCGCGGCUCUGGCUCCUCCUCGCCGCGCAGCUGGCAGCUCUGCACAGCAGCUCGGCACUCCUGCAGACCCCUGCGUCCAUGAUGGUUCAGACCAACCAGACAGUGUCGCUGUCCUGUGAAGCCAAAACCAUCCCUGCUAACUCUCGCAUCUACUGGCUGAGACAGCGCCAGGCCCCGAGCGCUAACAGUCACUACGAGUCCCUGGCCUUCUGGGAUCCCACCAAAGGGACGACGGUGUAUGGCAAGGAGGUGCCCAAGGAGAAGCUACAGGUGCUUCGGGAUUCUGCCCGGUACAUUCUCGAGCUCCUAAGCGUGAAGCCGGCCGACAGUGGCGUCUACUUCUGCAUGACCGUCGGGAACCCCGACCUGACCUUUGGGAAGGGAACUGAGCUGAGUGUGGUUGAUGUGCUUCCCACCACUCCCCAGCCCACCAAGAAGACCAGCCCCAAGAAGAAAGCGUGCCGCUUACCAAACCUGGUGACCCGCAAGGACCCGUUCUGUGCCCCCCUCAUCAUUGGCCUGCUGGUGGCCGGCAUCCUGGUUCUGCUGGUGUCCUUGGGCACGGCUAUCCAUCUACACUGCCUGCAGAGGAGAGCCCGGCUCCGCCUCCUGAAACAGUUUUAUAAGUGAGCAGAGAAUACACCUUGGGUGUCCUGCUACAAGAAUACGCUGGUCAGUGAUGAGUGAGAUCUGGAAAAAUGAGAGAGAAAAGACACACUCAACCAUGGAAAUGUCACUGACCUGCUGAAGCUGCCUGCUUUUAACCACUGCAAGUUCUUUCUGUGGGCCUUAUGCACGGGAGCAACUUGUUACAUGGUCAUUGGGAAUCUUAGAGAGAAGGCUUCAGAACCCCAGGGCACUUUCUGCAACUUGCAAGACAAACUGGAGGAAUGGGUACAAAAUGCACCCAGAGCACCACUUCUGGCUCCUGUACUCAUCCUGGGUUGGACUGGGAACCUCAGUGCUGGCCGUCCAGCCACCGCCUUGUUUUGCCCAGGUAGGGCAGUGACAUUGAGACCCGAGUCUCUCAUGGGAUGGUGCUUUGAUGGGUCUCCUUGGGCCCCAGAGAGAAGACCUAGAUUGGAAAGGAGGCUUCCGAGAGGGAUGGACCCGGCUCCCACAGUCACUUCAGAUUCUGAGGACCUCUUUCAAGACUGGGAACUUGUGGUUUGGGGGACAAGAGGCCACUUGAUCUCCCACUAGGAAGUCUUUCAGCUUUCACUUCUGCCUUCCCAUGGCUUGUGUUUCUUCUCUUACUCUCUGUUCUUUUUAUGGUAAUGUCUUGG